AAGCAUAGCGAACGCACAAACAACGAGCAACAACAACGACAUAAACAAAACAAAGAACAAACAGCAAAAUGCGCAUCCUGAAGCAAUGGCCACGUCGACGUUCCGGCUCCAGCAUUGUGGUCAUUGAUGGCGAUGAUCUGAAGCCAUGUCUGCCGGAUGAUUACAUUAGCGGUCAGCACCACCAUUUGCACCACCAGCAGCAGCAACAGCAGCAGCACCAGCAGCAGCAGCAUUACCGCUCGCACUCAAGUGAUAUUAGGGAGAUUGAUCAGGAAAUGCUGACCAUGUUGUCGGUCAAUCAAGAUAACGGUCCACAUCGCGAGAUGGCCGUCGACUGCCCCGACACGUUUAUAGCGCGCAACAAGACGCCACCCAGGUAUCCGCCGCCCCGUCCGCCACAGCAACAACAACAACAGCAACUGGCAGCAGCAACAUCAGCAGCAACAACAGGCGCCCAAACAGCGCAACAGCAAAUGCCCAGCUACAAGAAGCCAGCCGCAAUAGACAGCAGCAACAAUCACAGCAGCAGCAACAGCAACAGCAACAGCCACAGCAACAACAAUGUUGCCGUCGAGCUGCUGUGCGUGGUGGAUGAGAUCUACUGCAAGGGCGACAGCUCGCCAUCGUCGAACAGCUUCGAUGAUAUGCUGAGCAAACAGACGCUGGAAACCUUUGAGACAAUUGCCUAUCGUCACCUGCAGCAGCAGCAGCAACUGACGACGAGCAACAGCAACAGCAACAGCAACACCAAUAACAACAGCAACAGCGCCACCGUGACGCCCAAUAGCAACAGCAACUCCUUGAACAGCACACGAAGCAGCAGCAACAGCUCCAUGCACAACAGCAGCAACAGUCACAGCAGCAACAGCAACAGCAACAGCAACAGCCACAGCAGCAACAUCAACAGCGCUGCAGCAUCCACAGCGAGCAGCUCAACGAUGCCGGAUGAUCUGAGCAUGGCGCCACCUGGCUAUGAGCCAGCCGGCAAUCAGCUGCUCUUGCCGCAGGCCAAGCAUCGCGAGCUGCCCGUCGACGUGCCCGAUAGUUUCAUUGAGAUGGUCAAGGCGCCGCCGCGCUACCCGCCGCCGGCGCAUCUAUCAUCGCGCGGCUCGCUGCUCUCGAAUGCCAGCUCCUCGAACGCAUCCACGGCGCAGACGACGCUCUCAUCGCUGGGCGUGGUUGUUGCUGCGCCAGCUGCCAUUGCUGCUGCUGCUGCUGCUGCUCCUGCUGCUGCUGCUGGCGGUGCCCUUGCCGCCAUUGCUGGCGAUGGCAAGCGUAUUGCUGAUGAGCUCAAUGGCAACUCGAAGCCUUUGCCACCGCCUCGUGAUCAUCUGCGCAUCGAGAAGGAUGGACGUCUCAUUAACUGCGCCCCAGCACCACAGCUGCCAGACCGGCGAAUACCCGGCAAUGGCAGCGCCAUUCAGCAUCAGCACCAGCACCAGCAACAACAACAACAACAACAACAGCCACAGCCACAGCAAAUAGCGCAAGUUGUGGCGCCAACGCUCGAGCAAUUGGACAGCAUUAGAAAAUAUCAGGAGCAAUUGCGACGUCGACGCGAGGAGGAGGAGCGCAUCGCCCAGCAGAAUGAGUUUCUACGCAACAGCUUGCGUGGCUCACGCAAGCUCAAGGCGCUUCAGGAUACGGCCACAGCCACGCCCACGGCCGGGAAGGCGCUCGCGCAGCAGCAGCAUGCGACUGCAGCAGCAACAACAAUUGCUGGCGUCGAGAACGAGGCAUAUCUGCCGGAUGAGGACCUAAUGCCAGCGGAACACAUCGAUGGCUACGGGGAGCUGAUCGCGGCACUGACGCGCCUGCAGAGCCAGCUGGCGAAGAGCGGCCUGAGCAACCUGGCGGGCCGAGUGUCGGCGGCGCAUAACGUCCUGGCCACCGCCAGUGUGGCCCAUGUGCUGGCCGCCAGGAGCGCGGUGCUGCAGCGCAGGCGCCCGCGGGUGGCCGGGCCGGUGCACUCCGGGGCGCUGGGCUUGCAGAAGGAGAUUGUGGAGCUGCUGACGCAGUCGAAUACGGCGUCGGCCAUUGAGCUGGGCAAUCUGCUGACCAGCCACGAGAUGGAGGGCCUGCUGUUGGCGCACGACCGCAUUGCCAGCCAUACGGACGCGUCGCCCUCGCCCAUGCCGACGCCCAUGCCGACGCCGACGCCCUCACAGACGCCCACGGCGACGGCCACCACGCUGAGCGGCCACAGCAGUCCCGUGGCUGGAGCCAAGGCAGCGGGCACGGCCGCAGCGAGCGGCAGAGCGGCAAUGGCGGUGCUGCCGCCAGUGGUGCCGCCAGUGGCCAGCUCGGUGGCGCAGCGCGGAGCCAUGCCGCUGCCUGUGGCGGUGGGCGUGCGCGGCGAGUCGCCACCCGGCAUGAGCGCCUGCUUCGGCACGCUGAACGACCAGAACGACAACAUACGCAUCAUACAGAUCGAGAAGUCCACCGAGCCGCUGGGCGCAACGGUGCGCAACGAGGGCGAGGCGGUGGUCAUCGGCCGCAUCGUGCGCGGCGGUGCCGCCGAGAAGUCCGGCCUGCUGCACGAGGGCGACGAGAUACUGGAGGUGAAUGGUCAGGAGCUGCGGGGCAAGACGGUGAAUGAGGUGUGCGCCCUGUUGGGCGCCAUGCAGGGCACGCUCACGUUCUUGAUUGUGCCCGCCGGCAGUCCGCCGCCCGGCGGCGGCCUCUGCAGCGGCCUGGGCAUGCAUCACGUGGGCGGGAUGGCGCAUCGUGAUACGGCCGUGCUGCACGUGCGGGCACACUUCGACUAUGAUCCGGAGGAUGAUCUGUACAUACCGUGCCGGGAGCUGGGCAUCAGCUUCCAGAAGGGCGAUGUGCUGCAUGUGAUAUCCCGCGAGGAUCCCAACUGGUGGCAGGCGUACCGCGAGGGCGAGGAAGAUCAAACGCUGGCCGGCCUCAUUCCUAGUCAGUCCUUCCAGCAUCAGCGCGAGACCAUGAAGCUAGCCAUUGCCGAGGAGGCGGGUCUGGCGCGCUCCCGCGGCAAGGAGGGUGCCACCAGCAAGGGUGCAACGCUUCUCUGCGCUCGCAAGGGCCGCAAGAAGAAGAAGAAGGCCAGCUCCGAGGCAGGCUAUCCGCUGUAUGCUACGACAGCGCCCGACGAAACGGACCCCGAGGAGAUACUCACCUACGAGGAGGUUGCGCUCUACUACCCCCGCGCCACUCACAAGCGCCCCAUUGUCCUUAUCGGCCCACCCAACAUUGGCCGGCACGAACUACGCCAGCGCCUGAUGGCCGACUCCGAGCGUUUCUCGGCUGCAGUGCCACACACAUCCCGUGCCCGGCGAGAGGGCGAGGUGCCCGGCGUGGAUUAUCAUUUCAUCACGCGACAAGCCUUCGAAGCAGACAUUCUGGCGCGUCGCUUCGUGGAGCAUGGCGAAUACGAGAAGGCCUACUAUGGCACAUCACUGGAGGCCAUUCGCACAGUCGUUGCCAGUGGAAAGAUUUGUGUGCUGAACUUGCAUCCGCAGAGCCUGAAGCUGCUGCGUGCCUCCGACCUGAAGCCCUAUGUGGUGCUGGUGGCACCGCCCAGUCUCGACAAGCUGCGCCAGAAGAAACUGCGCAACGGCGAGCCGUUCAAGGAGGAGGAGCUGAAGGACAUCAUCGCCACCGCACGAGACAUGGAGGCGCGCUGGGGUCACCUCUUCGACAUGAUCAUUAUCAACAACGACACGGAGCGAGCUUAUCACCAGCUGCUGGCGGAGAUCAAUUCGCUGGAGCGCGAGCCCCAAUGGGUGCCCGCCCAGUGGGUGCACAACAAUCGCGACGAAUCAUAAUGUCCUCAUCGCCGACUGCUGCCCCAACUCCAGAUCCAGCCACAACCUCAGCGCCAGUCAGCGUUAGCUUUGUAAAUACUUUUCAAUUUAGCCAUGUGAAGGUGAAGCAGCUGCAGAAACAGCAAAUCAGCAAAUCAGCUGAUUGGCGGAUCAGUGGGCCAAGUCAUCCCUUUGCUAUGCGUAUUAUCGGGCGUGGAGUGUCUGCACUUACACAUACAGCUAUAUAUCUAUAUAGUGAGCCCAUUUAACUACUUAUUUACUUUUGUACUUAACCCGCUCCCAUAUACUCGUAUUAUUUAUG